GCAUGCUUUUGAGGACUUUUUUAAGCUGAAAAAAUAUUUUUUUUGUUUGAAAUAUGCAGUUGUCAUUGCUGCUAAUUUCUGAGCAAUACUGUGAGAUGCUGAGAAUGAGUUUUUGUGUGUGUUUGUUUGAGAGAUUGUUUGUCUCCUGUCGCCUUAAAUGCCUUUAACACAAGACUGGCGGAGAGACGGGUUAAAAACUUCAUGCCUUCAUAUUGACCACUGUGUAUGUGGUUCAGGUUCUGAUAUCUGUAUUGGGACACAAUUUCUGACAGCAUGCAUCCAGUGCAGUGGUUGAUUACUGACCCUAUACCCUUCAAAAUUAACCCCCUUCUUGCAUUGUAUCACAUAUCCAUCUGUAUAAAUCUUUUUAAAUUUUCCUGCUUUUCUUUUCUUUUCUUUUCUUUUCUUUUCUUUUCUUUUCUUUUCUUUUCUUUUUUCUUUUCUCUCCCUAAUUUCCCUAAUUCCUCUUUUUUUUCCUCUUUUCUAUCCCUAAUUCUGCUUUGCUGAAAAUACAGUAUUGUGUUAAACAAUGUCACUUAUUACAUAUAUUACAAUUACAAAAGAUUUCUAUUUCAAAUAAAUCUAUCUAUCUAUCUAUCUAUCUAUCUAUCUAUCUAUCUAUCCAUCGUUCUAUCUCUCUCUAUCUAUCUAUCAUUCUAUCAUCUGUCUGUCUAUCUAAUCUGUCUUGUCUGUCUCAACAUUUUGAUUGCACAUAAUAUGAUCAUAAUAAUUUGAGUGAAAAGGUACCUGUUGGUUGGCAGUUGUGUUGUUGUCUAUUGUUGUAAUAUUGUUUUUGCUUUUUUCGGUACUUUCAGUGAUUGCAUUCAUUUGAAAUACUAAACAAAUGCAUAUCCAGUAAUGGUGAAAUCAGGCAUUAUGAGAACUAGCUAAUAUUUGCUCUGUUACAUUACUGAACAUGCAUUACGUUCAGCAUUACAUACAGUCGUUUAAUGGUAAUAUUUUUAAAAAUUGCAGGCUUAACACGAAAAUAUAAAUGAGGCAUUCACACAGCUGCAUCUCUCUCACACAGUUUGGAAGUAAUUGAAAUGACAAUAGACUAUUGUACGUGAUGAACAAAUAAUUUGGAGAAGUCUGCCAGCAGAAGCAGAAUAGCCAUUUUCUUUCUGGAACAAACACGUCACAAUAUUCCUCAUUUCAAUAAUUCCCAGCCAAGGCAUAUCAAAAUAAAGGAGUGAAGCCUGAUUGAGUUAGUUAGUAGUGUGUUGAAACUCGCGGUUAUGGUAAGGGGUGUGACAUUUCUCAAACACGCUCGAAGCAGUUGACUAAUCACAACACACUGGUCCAGCUCACCAAUCAGAGCACACUUUGCUUUUCAGAAGGAGGGGCUUCACAGAGACAGGAACUAAACAGAGCGUUACUGACAGACUGGGAAAAGAGGUGCUGCAGCAAUGUCAAAAAUGGGAAAAUGUUUUAAUGCUAAAUGUUUUUUGAACAUAUAAGCAUGAAGACCUAUUCUUGUAGAGUCCAAACACAGACUUUUUAAACGGGCAUAGUAAUGCAUCUAUUACACUUUAAUUAAUUUUGAAAAAGGUUAUUUUUAGAGUUAGAAUAUAAUUCUAUAUUAGGCUAUAUUGAGAACAAGUGUGAAAGGGAAGUCCCUACAAAAGUAUGCGAGCAGUGUGUAUGUUCACUGAUGUCCUAUCUCACCCUCCAGAAAGGAACAGUCAUGCCCACCUCUUCCCUUUGUUCUCCCACAAAAAUAUCCCCACUGCCACACACACACACACACACACACACACUCACCAUCAACAGGUGCCUGCCAGGGCUGCCAUAGAGCCCAAACACAUUCCUUUCUCCCUUCCAUAAUUCUUUGGCCUCCCAACCAAUCACGGACCUGCAUUUCACAAGUCAGGUUGCAGGGAGGAGAAAAAUGAUGAGGUGACCAUGUCAGGGGUUGGUAGGAAAGGUUCGGCCCUGUCACCGGUAUCGAAAUUAACAGAAUCACAUCAGGCUGUCUGUUAGUGAGAGUACAGAGACUGUGGCCCGGGAUAUGCGAGUUUGUGCGAGCUUGUUAAGGUGUGUUUGUACAUGGUGCCAGUGGUGACAGCUGGUGCUAGCUGAAGGGACCAAACUGUGGAUAUACAGAUUGUACUUAAAAUGAAGACUCUGCUUUGGGUCCUGUGGUAUUGCUGGCUUCUAACUCUCACAGGGGCAUCCGAAGCUGAACGGAGGUUACUGGAGGAUUUGUUUCAGGAUUACAACCUGAAGGUGCGACCAGCACGUACCUGGAAUGAGCGAGUGAUGGUCCGAGUGGGAAUGACUUUAGUACAGCUCAUCAGCUUGAACGAGAAGAAUGAAGAGAUGACAACAAACGUGUUCAUGAAUAUGGAAUGGACUGACUACAGGUUAUCUUGGAAUCCUGUGGACUAUGACAGUAUUGACGUUGUGCGAAUUCCUCCCCUAAAAGUGUGGCGUCCAGACAUCUACCUAAUCAACAAUAAUGAUGGUCAGUUUGACGUUGCCCUGUAUGUGAACGUGCUAGUGAGGAGUGAUGGAACCGUCUCCUGGUAUCCACCAGCCAUCUACCGCAGCUCCUGUUCCAUAGAGGUUGCAUACUUUCCAUUUGACUGGCAGAACUGCACAAUGGUGUUUCGUUCCUACACGUAUGAUUCCUCAGAAGUGGACCUUCAGUACGGUCUAGAUGAAGAUGGCAAUGAGCUCCAUGAGAUAGUUAUCGAUGAGAAUGCGUUCACUGAGAACGGUGAGUGGCAGAUUUGUCACAAGCCCAGCAGAAAGAACGUCCAGGAUGACUUAUAUGAGGACAUCACCUUCUACCUGAUCAUUGAGAGGAAGCCUCUGUUCUACAUCAUUAACAUCAUCGUGCCCUGCAUCCUUACCAGCGUGCUGGCCAUAUUUGUCUUCUAUCUGCCACCUGGUGCAGGUGAGAAGAUGACUCUGUCCAUCUCAGUCCUCAUUGCUCUCACUGUUUUCAUGCUGUUGUUGGCUGACAAAGUCCCAGAAACAUCACUUGGCAUUCCUAUCAUCGUUAAGUAUGUAAUGUUCACCAUGAUCCUGGUGACGUUCUCAGUCAUCCUUAGCGUGGUGGUUCUGAACCUCCACCACAGGACUCCCAGCACACACCACAUGCCCAAAUGGGUGCGAAAGGUUUUCAUCAAUUUACUGCCUCGUUACUUGGGUGUGCUGAGGCCCCAACCUGAGGAACCGGUGGAGGACGAGACAAAAGAAAACAUCCCACUGGGUUAUUUGGACCAAGGCCUCAGACCUGGAGGUGAAUAUUUCAUCCGAAAGAUCAACCCAGAGCUGGUAAUGCCGUGGAGAGGAAGUCAUAAUGAGAGCACUGUGAAGCUGCAGAGGUUUUCAAACAGUGAAAACUAUUGUCUGAUUCUGCCCCCGAAUCUCAAAUCUGCAAUCGCCGCUAUCACUUACAUGGCUGAUCAGUUGAAGAAACAGGAUGUGGACGAUACUAUGACAGAUGACUGGCAGUACAUUGCUGUGGUGUUGGAUCGUCUCUUCCUUUGGCUCUUUGUCAUCAUUACUACUCUGGGCACACUGGCCAUGUUUCUGGAUGCCAGUUUCAACUACACUCCUGACCAACCUUUUCCAUGAGCACAUCCCUUAAACAACAAGCACACUCCUGAACACAAAACAACAAGCACACUGCUGCUGCACAGCUCCUGAACACACAACACAGCAAGACUGAAGUUUGUGUGGACUGACUCAAGGGGGCACCAGAGAAUCAUUUCUUUCUUUCUUUCUUUCUUUCUUUCUUUCUUUCUUCUGUCCUUCCUUCCAUCUGUCCUUCCUUUCUGUUCUUUCUUUCUUUCUUUCUUUCUUUCUUUCUUUCAUCCUUCCUUCCUUCCUUCCUUCCUUCCUUCCUUUCUUCCUUCCUUCCUUCCUUUCUUCCUUCCUUCCUUUCUUCCUUCCUUCCUUCCUUCCUUUCUUCCUUCCUUCCAUCUGUCCUUCCUUUUCCUUUCUUUCUUUCUUUCUUUCUUUCUUUCUUUCUUUCUUUCUUUUUCUUUCUUCCUUC